AUGCAUCGGUUGGCUUGUUUGGGCCUCAUGUUUAGCUUUUUGGCCCCAGCCAGAUCUUCUUGUCCAUCUCAGUGCACCUGCGAUUCCCCCAGCAGAAGCGAUGGCAUCGGCUCAAGGUUGGUGUUGUGCAACGACCCAGAUAUGUAUGAGAUUCCUACCAAUGUUCCUGUGGACACGGCGAAGCUCCGAAUCGAGAAGACUGUCAUACGCAAGAUCCCCGCUGAAGCCUUCUACUACCUGGUGGAGCUCAAGUACCUCUGGGUGACUUAUGACUCUGUGGCCACUAUUGACACGGGCGCCUUUUACAACCUGAAGCAUCUGCAUGAACUGCGCCUAGAUGGGAAUUUGCUGACCGCUUUCCCCUGGGAAUCUCUGCUGGAGAUGCCCAGUUUACGGACACUGGAUUUACACAACAACAGAAUAACCAGCGUGCCAGCUGAGGCCACCAGGUACCUGAAGAAUCUCACCUAUCUGGACGUGUCAAGCAACAGACUCACCACUUUGCCCCCUGACCUUUUGGACAUCUGGCCCCACUUCUCAGCAGAUUUAGGACCUAGAGUCAUGGGCCUCCCCCCAUCAAGAAUCAUAUUAGGUUUGCAGGACAAUCCAUGGUUCUGUGACUGCCACAUUUCCAAAGUAAUGGAGUUGUCAAAAAUUGUAGACCCCACCGUGGUGCUCCUGGACCCUUUGCUGGUCUGUAGUGGACCACAGAGCCUCGUGGGGAUCUCAUUUCAAAGGGCUGAGCUGGAACAAUGCCUGAAGCCAUCAGUGAUGACCUCGGCGACCAAAAUCACAUCAGCUCUUGGAAGCAAUGUUCUCUUGCGUUGUGAUGCCACAGGGCAUCCUACACCACAGCUCAUCUGGACCAGGGCGGACAACUUGCCAGUUAACUCUACAGUAAUUCAGGAAACUCCAGGAGAUGGAAUCAGAUGGUCCAUAAUAAGUUUGACUGGAAUUUCUUACAAGGAUGCAGGUGAUUACAGCUGCAAGGCCAAAAACCUGGCUGGAACAUCAGAAGCCAUCGUCAGUGUUACUGUGGUUGGCAUUGUUACCACAACCAUCUCCCCUCAAAAGUCGGGAAAGAGAGAUGGAGCUGAUCAGCCUCUGGAAGAAUCCAAGGAUGUAGCUGAAAAGUCUACACUCAUGACUACAUCCCCAUCCCCUCCAAGCACAUUUUCUUCAUUUUCUUCUUCCUCUCUUUCUUUUUCUUCUCCUUCUUCUGCUUCCACUUCUCCCAUCAUUACUUCCGCCACAAUCCCUAUCACCACCGAAAUAUCCGCAAAAACCAAAAUGACGAGCAGAAAGCCCCCCAAGUCUUUCCCCAAUGGGAAAAAGAAUUCAAAAGUGGUCAUAAGUGGAAGCAAACUCCCACCAGCCAGUGCCAGCAAGAAAGAGAUUUCCUUGCUGAGCACCGCUGCCGUCGUGGAGCCUGGCACCAUAAUAAAAGACCUCAAGGUGGUUAAUGAGACCCAUGAAAGUGUGACCUUGACCUGGAAGGCUGUCAACAGCACAAAGAACACUGCCAUUACCGUGCUGUACUCGAAGUAUGGGGAGGAGGACAUGGUCCCACUUAGCACUGACGCCAGUGAAUCACAAAUUAUGAUAGAUGGUUUGGAGGCUGGGAUGCAGUAUGUGGCUUGUGUCUGUCCCAAAGGAGUCCCUCCCAAGACAGACCAAUGUAUCACCUUCUCCACGGACAGAAUCAAUGAAAAGGCGAACUCCCAAAUUUCCUUCCUCAUCCUGGCAAGUAGUGCUGCUUGUGUACUUGUUUUGCCACUGAUUUUCUAUCUCUUUUACAAAGUUCUUAGACUUCAGUACAAGCCAAAGGCCAUCAGGGAAGAUGAGCUCUCAAAAGAGACUUAUAUUCAGUUUGAUACCCUGUCUCCCAAACCCCAUCCUUCCCGGGAGCUCUGGACGCGACGGCGCACAGACGAGUCAGAAAGGUUGUUAUUGCUUUGUUCAAGGUCAAGUGUGGACUCUCCCGUGACCUUCAAAAAUAAGGGUUCCAGGUCAGAAUACUAUUGCUAA